AGAUAACUAGAUUGAAAAACUUAGUAUGAUUGGAGCGCUUGUGUCAAACGUGUACAUAUAUACGUUCACUGUAAAAAGAUACGUAUUGUGUGUCUCUGACGAUAAAUAACAAAAUGGCAUCUUACUCAGAGGAUCAGUUAGCAGGUCAAGAAUAUCGUUUACCUUAUUAGACCCACCCUGGUGACAUCGAUUUACGUGUCGGUGAUUUCCUUUUAUGGUUAGGCACCUGAAAGAAAUAGCAGCAGGAAAGAAGAAACGAAGACAGAAAUCGAGUAGCAUUGCGUCGUAGCGUCUUUAUCAAGAAUUAACUAACAGAAUGAUGUCAUCAAUUGAGGAAUUUCAAGAGGCAUUUCAACUAUUUGACAGCCGAGGAGAUGGAAAAAUUCAUGUAGCUCAAAUUGGUGAUGCAUUACGUGCUUUAGGGCAAAAUCCAACUGAAUCAGAUGUCAAGAAAUUUACUCAUCAACAUAAACCUGAUGAGCGUAUUAGUUUUGAAGUAUUUUUACCAAUUUAUCAAGCUAUAAGCAAAUCUAGAACUUCUGAUACUGCUGAUGAUUUUAUAGAAGGAUUACGCCACUUUGAUAAAGAUGGAAAUGGUUUUAUUUCUUCUGCAGAAUUGAGACAUCUUUUAACUACAUUAGGUGAAAAACUUAGUGAUGAAGAAGUUGAAACUUUAUUAGCUGGUCAUGAAGAUUCACAGGGUAAUAUUAAUUAUGAAGAUUUUGUUCGUCAAGUAAUGUGCGGUUAAAUUUAUACUUUAAUAGAUGCAGUAAUUAUUAACCAGAAAAAUUUUUAUCUAUUAUAAAAUUUUUUAUAAACAUUUUUUAUCUUUUUGAUUUACUUAUAUUGUAUUUUUUUAUUAUUCAAAAUUAUGUAAAAUUAUAUACAUAAUAGUUAUCCCAAUAUUAUUUUAUAUUAGAAAUGUAGAACAUGAAUCUUCUUUUUUUGUUUAUUUGAUAUAAUGAAUAUACAUAUAUUGUGCCUUGAUGUGAGAAAUUCAUAAAAAGGUAUAUUCAAAGUCAAAACUAAUAUAAAUUUUAAAGAAAAAAAAAAUUCAAUCCCAAUAUAUAUAAAAAUUUUUUAAUAUUCAUGUAAUUAAUUUAAUAAUUUAAGUAAUUAUUUUUAAUAUUUGUUAAUAAUUCUUUGUUUCUUUGUUUCUAUUUUCAAAAAUGUUAAUUAUAAAUAUAAAAAACUGUAUUCGAAAAAAAUAAAAUUUGUUAGAGAUGAAAUUUAAA